GCACUCCAAGAGAACGAAACACGGAUUGUCAGACAGCCAGCGACUCGGCCAAUCAGUCCCAAGCAGCUCAUCGCCGAGGUAAAGGGUAUUUAUGCUGGUUUGGUGAUGGCCAAGACAAAAUGUGAUUAGGUGGAGGUUAAGCUGCCGUAAGGUUUUGUGAUGACUAGACACAGCCUCAUAUAAAUGACGGACAUUGCCAAGCAUUGAUUUCCCUGCAUCGCACCUUGCUACGUACGCAUCACGACUUCUUUGGCCUCACAGAAUCCGAGCGAUAGCCCCGCCUUAAGUAGGUUGGCCAAAAAGUAUGCUAUGCCGGCUCGGAUGUGGAGGCACGGGGUAUACAGCUUUCUGGAAUUGCUUCGGCACAGGUUACCAUACUCAUUGGAGCAUAUGUUGACGUUUAUCUAUACUGCGUAUAGAAUGAUGGCGCUGUUAUACGAGACCAUCCCUGCCUUUGAAAACACAUGGGUUGAAUGUCUCUGCGAUCUUGGUCGUUAUCGAAUGGCUGCGGAAGACGGCGGUGCCCGAGAUCGUGACGCUUGGGCUGGCGUCGCUAGGUUCUGGCACUCGAAGGUUACGGAUAAGCCUCCAUUUGUUGGCCGUUUAUUCCACCAUUUGGCGAUCCUCGCUGGACCCAACGUUCUGCAACAGUUGUUU